GCGACUCGGUUCACAUGACCCUCUCCCCUACAUGGGCCGCAGGAGCAACAAGAGGCGCCCUCCUGGAGGGGCGUAUUCGCCUCCGCCGUACAUCGUGGAUAGCCCUAGAUGGUCAGGUUCUUCGCUCAACGGCAUUAGAGGGAGGGAGUUCGGGCCGGUUGAUGGCGGGUCGGGCCGCCGCAGCGGCGGAUCUGUCGGAUCGAUGCCUCCGCCACCCGCACGGAGCAUGGAGGGCAGCACCGAUGCGACUACUGCCCGUGCGGCCGUUGCCGGUUCCCCGCCGCCUGUCGCAGGUGGUGUUGCCGGCGGAUGGGCAGCUCAUCGCCGGGUCUCGGACCGGAUGAGGGCGGAUUACGACGCCGGGAGGGGCACCUUCGCAGGACGUUUGUCACCUCAGUUUCAGGUUGCGGCCAGCAGCGAGGGUGGCUCCGGACGUCCGAGUGUUCACAUGGCAGGCCGCAUGCUCGGUUUGUCUCGAUCAGUGACGAAGAGAGUUUUGAUCCCACCGCCGAUUCCGGCCCGAGGGACAACUGAGGACAUGCAGCAGGUUCAGCACUACACAUCUGGCGAGGAGGGGUUGCUGAUGCGGAGUGGGUGUAGACGACAGAGCUCCAUCACGGAGGUUGAGGCUCGACUCGCAGCAGAGCUCGCCGUCAGCCAGGCUGCAUUGGACGCGAUUCACAGGCAGCGACAGACGAUUGCUGCAGCGGAGGCCGAGGACGAGGACACGGACACAGAGUCCGAGCCGAUCGACAUUGCAGUCCGCAGACAUAGAGCGGCCGUGUCCGCGGCAGCCGCGGUAGCACAGGCGGCAUACAUCAGCGGUGUGCAGGGCACAGGUGGUGGAGGGGCCUGAGAGGAGCGCGUGGUCGACAGUCCACCGGGAGAGGCCGCGGGCGUCCUUCCGGA